AUGUCCGACGGCGGUGUGGGCCCGUCAGCAUUGUGGCCGUCGGUAUCAACUCAUUCCCAGGAUGUUUUAUUCAAGCAUCAGAAAAAAGAGGAGCGCCGAAUGAGACGGCGAAUGCAGCUCGCUGCCGCACUUAUUGAAGCAGACAAUGAAUUAAUUCAGCAUCGUUUGAUGCUGCUAUCGCAACAAAAUGAGAUGCCACCAGAGUAUCACGAUUCUAUCAUGCUUCCAAAAUAUGCCACUGAAAGCGCAUUAUUCCGAGACUCACAAAGUUCGGACAGUAUACGGCCUGUUUAUACAUACCCUCUCGCAUCGGUCCAAGAGCUUUCGCGAAACUUCGUUGGCUUGUCGGCUAAAUGGGAUGAGGAUGAAUUAUCUGACUAUGUCUCUGCCUCUGACAAUCAAAAAAAUGGUGAUGCGGUUAAGUUGGAUCUUCAUCCCAAUACAUUUGGAUCGCCUAUGAUAGACGUUUUACACCACGCCAAUAUGACUAUGGAGAAUGGACAGGAACCUGAACCAUCACUGUCACUUUCAAACGAAUCUGAGAAAGCCACAUUAAAAACCUCUCAUUCUAUGCCCCAGCUGUCUGAUCCGGGACUUGAUUCACGCGCAGACUUUUUAUUGCAUCGUAUUCAACAGAUGAAAGAGCACCCUGAAAGCACUCCAAAUUUGGAUGUGAGCAUGUCUUCCAACGAGGAUUCUAGCAUGUCACGAAGUAUGGAAAAAUCAUCUGAUAUUCUGAACGUUGCAAUGGCAUCUUACGCCGGGUCGAACGAGGACGCCCAAAUCAACGCGCUUGGCAUUGAACUUGGCUCCGAUAACCGCGACCUACCGUCUUUUCGACAACGUGUUCUGAAGCGACAAAUUUCUGUACGGCGGCCUAGUGGUCGCAGACACUCUCUCUCUGUGUCUGGCUGGCCCGGUGAAAUGCACUCUGUGGCUGAUGAAGCAGGCAUCUUGUAUGGUCAGGCGCUCCCUGAUAUUCACUCGCCUGCUACUGCUCGUGAUUCUGAGCAAACUGAGGGUGAAUAUCAGUUGCAUGCACCUUUUCAUUCUGAAAAUGAUUAUCCUGUAAGCACACGCUGGUCACAUCGUUUAAAUCCGUUCAAGACGGCGACUAAGAAGCGGUUCACCCUUCCAUCUGUACAUACAUCGAUUUCUCCAUCAGGUGAAUCAUCCACAUACCCGCAUCUUGCUGGACUCUCUCCGGUACCAGACGAAGUGAACGUGACGCACUCAAUUCCUUCCACCAAAGAUGAUGACAUGAUUGGUGUCAGUCUCCAUUCGCCCCUACCAACGGAUCCUGUUUCAGAACGGGCUCCUUCUAGUGCCACUACAAUUAGGCCCAGCCAAUUGUUUGAGCAUGUUCCUGUUACUCCCGAUUUGGCUGUGGCGCCUGGUAUGUCUCACACGUCUGCGUCAUUUUAUGUGACGGAUGAGGGUGUUGGCACGCAAAGGCGUUCUGCUAUCCCAUCAUAUAUUUGUAUUCCAAUGCCUUUGAGCUCUCUUUCGAUUGACUAUCGGUCUCUGGACAAUUUUUUCACUCCGCAUGGGAGCUUUGUUAUGGAUGGUGGUGUCAUUGUACCUUCCAUUAAAAAUGAUGUUGGCACAUUUGCCCCUGUCGAAAUACCUGCUCAUUUGGGACGCCGAGCUUUACAUCCAUCGACUGCUUUGUUCCGUAAUGUUCUUGUUAAUCGCGACGAAGACCGUGAGGGCUGGGGCUGGGAACAUUUCACAAAUGCAUCAAAGUACUUUGCCGAUUUGGCGGCGGACGAUGAUGAUUCUGACGACGAACUUCCCCUAAUGGAUGUGCGUAUUCACAAACGUGACGAAGCACUUGCUGAAAAGCGUUGCCGUCGCGAACGUCUGCGUCGAAAGCGAGAGAAGCGCGAAAGACAGCGAUUGCAUGCAUUAGCGAAGAACAAAAGGUUUUUGGCUACCAAACAUGGUAGUUCACCUAUCUCGGAUGAUGAGACGUUUUUAAAUGCAGCAGAUGAAGACAUUGAUGACGACGACACUAUCAUUGACGAUGAAGCUGAUGGUGAGAUACCGUGGAAUGAUGAUCGUCGGCCUGCCGGACGUCUUUACGGUACGAAUUUGAUUGACAAAGCAACUCGUCAUGAAUUAGAUCGGCAACAAGCCGCCAAGCAUUAUGGUCACCAUUCCGCAAUAAACGAUCAUAUAUUCAACGAUGAUACACGUGAACGUAUGCAACGCCUUUUCGGUCAGCAGACGUUAUGGGAGGAUGAGAAACGAAGGUAUGAAACUCCGAAAAACGACCAACACGCAACUAUGGACGCGGUUAUGGAGCCUGGUAUUGCCUCAGCAAUUGUCUACCCAACUUCUGAAGAAAUCCGCGAAUUGGAGGAUACUCAGGAGGUGCAUGAUGAUGAUAAGGCUGACGCAUGGCUUGAUGAUUCAUCUGACGAAGAUAAAGGCUCACACAGCACGGUGCCAUCUACCGAAAAGAUGAGCAGGACAUCUCGCUUUGAGCUAAGUCAACCACAGUGGAUACCAAAAGGCGACGACGAUAUGCCACUUAUUUCGUUGCAACACGUUAAUGACACACCAUCCAGUGACGAAGAUCUAGAACCUUUGGGUAAAAAGCACCCUCAAGCUGAAAUCAUUGCGGAAAAAGAAGCUAUGCUGCGACGCUUGCAGGAGGAAAAUUCACAAAUUCGAAUGAUGCUUCUGCAUUCGACAAUGCAAAUGCCACCCGUUCCUUACAUGCCCUGGAUGAUGCCUCCUGUCCCUGGUAGCAUGACGGAUACUCACAGCAUGCUUGUUGGUGCUGAUGCAGGAGAUGACGUUCCGGCGGCUUACAUGUACGAUCCAAAUAUCCACGCAUAUGGUCCUUCACCCUUACCUGAACGGUUGUCCAUGGAAAAUUCGCAGGCCGCUACAUGGAAUCCAAAUCGCGACACCUUAUUAUUAGAUUCGUAG